CUUAAAUUCCACUGCCCUAUGUCCCUUAGAACAUGGAGGAAAUUAUGGAAGUUUUCCCUAGUCUAAGCUCUCUUUCUCUCCCAAUACCAACCAUAUAAGCUCUCAUGCAACACCAAACACAAUACUUAGUAGUUAGUUCUUAUACCAACAAAAACCAUCAAACACUUGUGAGAAACUAGAGCAAGAAAAGAAACCCACCUUUUCUAGCUCCACUAUCAUCACUGUCAAAUCCAACUAUAAAAAGCAGCCUCCUUUCACGCUUAUAAAACAAGUUUCAUCCUCUACAUUACAGCCUCUUCAACCAGUUGAGAAAAAACUAGAAAAGAAAAGAUUAUCAAAUGGAGAUUGAAUCAGUUAAGUGUGAGUGUUGUGGAUUGAAAGAAGAUUGUACCCAAGAUUAUAUUAGUGGAGUGAAGGCGAAAUUUGAUGGGAAAUGGUUAUGUGGGUUGUGCUCAGAAGCGGUUAGAGAUGAAGUUAGUGGGGGGAAUAAGGCAUUCGAUAUGGAAGAAGCUGUGAAAGCUCACAUGUCAUUUUGUGGUAAAUUCAAAUCAAAUCCUGCAGUUCGAGUAGCUGAUGGUAUGAGACAGAUGCUAAGAAGAAGGUCAGGAGACUUGAAUUCAUCACCUUCUUCCUCUAAGAAGUACACGAGAUCGGCGAGCACAAAAUUGUAUUAAUACUAAUGGAAGUAAAGGGGAAUCUAAACUCUUCUCCUUGGCUGAAAUAAUAUUAGUAGCUAGCCUUUCAUGUCAUGGCUAACUGUCAGCUUCUCUUGUACAGGGGAUGUUAUUUCAAAGAAGCCUUUCUUCCCAGUUCUGUUUUUGUUUCUCACUAGCUACUUGGUAUACAUGACUAUGUUCUUCAUUUCUUCUCUUCUUUUCCAGGAAAAAGAGAGAA